AAAGUGUUGGAAUUUGUGGAGCUCAGCUUUAAGUAUAUUAACAGGUUAUAAUAAUAAUCAAAAUGACUUGCACAAAUCAUCCAAUUUCACUGGAAGUUAUACUUAGAGAAACGUAUACCUUGAUGUUACUUUUUUCUUGGUUCUAACUUAUUGCUACAGAAAGACAUCACAUUUCAUGUAUUAGGUGGCAUAUCACAGAACUUGUAAAAGCACUACAGUCAACAGGUUACAGGUAUUAAAGGAAUGUUGCCUAUGCUCCUCUCCUAACAGUCGUCAAUAAAGAGGAUAUAAACUGGUAUGAACCAAGACGGAGAUUGUGGAAUGACCCCGAUAAGUUGUGGAAAUGGAAAACUAAGGCAAUGGCUGAUUGAACAGAUUAACAGUGGGAAGUAUCCUGGAUUGGUGUGGGAGAAUGACGACAGAAGCGUUUUUCGUAUACCUUGGAAACAUGCCGGCAAGCAGGACUACAACAGAGAUGAAGAUGCUGCUCUUUUUAAGGCCUGGGCACUUUUUAAAGGAAAAUACCGGGAAGGUCUUGACAAACCAGAUCCUCCCACAUGGAAGACAAGACUACGCUGUGCUUUAAAUAAGAGUAAUGACUUUGAAGAAUUAGUGGAAAGAAGUCAAUUGGAUAUAUCAGAUCCAUAUAAGGUGUAUAAAAUUAUCCCAGAAGGCGCAAAAAGAGGACUAAAGCAGAUUGGCUCAGAAGACACUCAGUUAGUUGUAAAUCACCCAUUUGCUGUACCGCAAGCUUACACAUCUCUUCAGCCUCAUUCUCAGGUGCCACACUUUAUGAUGUCUCACGAACGGAGCUGGAGGGACUACGCACCAGAACAACCACAUCCUGAUCUUCCUUACCAAUGUGCAAGUGUCCCUUUUGCAGCACGCAGUCACCUAUGGCAAAACACUUCCUGUGAUAACAGCUAUCAAGUUACAGGAUCUUUUUAUGCAUGUCCGCCAACAGAGUCACAAACUCCAGGACUUCCAAUGGAACCAAGUAUACGGACAGGAGAGGCUCUUGCGUUAUCAGACUGCCGCCUUCAUAUCAGCUUAUAUUACCGUGACACCCUGGUUGGUGAGCGAAUUACAGCAAACCCAGAAGGCUGUAGAAUUGCACAUGGACAGUGCUAUGAAACAAGUCGCUUGGAUCAAGUCCUAUUCCCUUACCCUGAAGACAACGGCCUGCGGAAAAACAUUGAGAAGCUUUUGAGUCAUUUGGAGCGUGGUGUCAUUCUGUGGAUGGCUCAUGAUGGAAUGUAUGCCAAGAGACUGUGCCAGAGCAGAAUAUACUGGGAGGGCCCUUUAUCCAUGUACAGUGAUCGGCCCAAUAAGCUAGAACGGGACUUGCCCUGCAAACUAUUUGAUACACAACAGUUUAUAACAGAACUGCAGGCGUUUGCUCACCAUGGUCGUCCUGUUCCAAGAUUUCAAAUUGUUCUGUGUUUUGGAGAAGAAUUUCCAGACCCACAAAGAGGAAGGAAAUUAAUUACGGCUCAUGUUGAGCCAGUAGUUGCAAGACAACUAGUUAGCUUUACUGAACAAAAUGGAGGACAUUUCAUGAGAGGAUAUGAGUAUUCAGAUCUUAUUAGCAGCUCUGAAGACUAUCACCGGCCAAUUCGCCAUGUCCCUCUCCCAGAAUGAAGGCCUAUAUUUAACAAUGUGUAUGUCCUAUGCCCUCAUCAACUAAACCGACAAGCCUCAUGAGAAUGCUAUCAUUGUUGAACUGCAAUAACAGAUGUAAUAGGUAAUAGACAUAUGGAAGGAUUUAAUUCCUUCUAGGGGAUGUUCUUAUAAAAGAAACAUGCUGCAUCUCUAGAGUACCUGAGAUCACAGAUCAGUAUUUUAAAUACAUAUUUUUGUAAUGAAAUGUUAAAUUGUGGUAAACUGAACAAUAACUAUCAGGAGGAUAUAACCUGUUUCAUGACUUAUCAAAAAUGGUCUUAGUGAUGGAUUUGUUCCUAUGUGUCCUCAGUGGUGUGACCACACUGUGAGCACCUUCAAUUUUGGGGGGGGGGGGGGGGAUUUUGAAAAUGCCAGUUCCCUGGCUGUCAUGAUGAUCCAGUGGCUAAAAACAUUCUGCAUUGCUGACCUGGAACAAGUAUGCAGAUUAGGAGCACUGACUUUACUCAGAUUUUCCUGAUCUAAAUUCAAGGUAUUUAUGCCAGAGACAGGCAGUCAACUAGCAGUUUUGGAGGUCAGAAAUUGUAUUUUCUAACCUCAAUAAUUUGGUUCAAUUUAGAGAUUCCAUUUUCUAUAGUGUGUUAAUAUAUGGUAGUGUGUUAUAUAUGUGUUGUCAAUUACGUUUCAGUAAUUGGUCAGUGCUACAAGCACUUCUAAAAUGUUAUACCUUUUAUACUGUAUGUUUAAGUACCAUCAAGUUAUGUUAGUUGGCUAGAACAUUUCUUUGAUCUAGUUAAUAGAGUGACAAAUCAACUUCAGAAAAUAUAGUUGUAGUUACAUUGAGAACACUCCUUGUAUCCCUAUAGCAUUGGCUUAAGCCCAAACACACACAAUAAAUCCCAGGAGCAUAACUAUAAAUCACCCAUAGCAAAAAUUUGAUUGGGCUACUUGGAAACCUAGCUCUCUGGUAGCCAUCACUUUGCACUGGUGUUCAUUGUAAUGUACUGCAUCUCGAAUACCGUCACUUCCAGCUACUUCUGGUCACUGAUAAACAUCUUUGCUUACAUUGGCAGUCAGUAUAAAACUUCCCUGUUAUUACAAAGGGCUCAGCACUAAAAAAAAAUCCCUGUUAGUGCAUUAGUGGCCAUUGAAACAUGGUAUCUGUUUGCACUGACUAUCAGUCUAAGUCUCUUUUAUGCUUUGGUAGACAGUGCAAUCACAUCCAUGUUGGCUAUGUUUACCAUUGGUAACCAGUGCAAACACUUACUAGGCAUACACUUUGGGAGGCUGGGAAGCACUGUGGGAGGUUGGACAGCCAGGGUUCCCAGGGGACACUGGGGGAGGUUGGGGUGUGCAAUGGGAGCUAAAGUGCACUGUGUAAAUAUGGAGGUAGGUUUGAGUGGUUUUCCGAUUUAGUUGAAUGAUUUUAGUUGAUUUUACCAUUUUAGUUGAAUGAUUUUACAUAUUAAUAACAACUGAUCAAUAAGACAGCCUUCCCUGAAGGUUCUAGCCUCAAAUUUCACAACAUUAUGGCCUCUUAAAUAUACUGCUAUUUUUGGAUGUUCAUAGCAGUUGUAUAUUUCUUUACAUGGUCUACUUUUCCAUUCCCCAUUUAUUAAUUGUAGUAAAGUUAAGUAGGAAAUUUAGAUUAUAGAGAAAGACACCUUCUUCCAUGGAGGUAUAGUUGAGAAGUGGAUGAUUAAACUUAUCAGUACCUACUGAUAUAUCAGUUAGGCAUAAUUUGGGGUCAUCUCAGAAAUCAAUCUGGAUACUUUAUUGAAUGUAAUGUUUACUGACUCCUCUUAGCUGGUGUUGGAAAUAUCUGCAUCAGCUCUAGAAAAUAUGCAUCUCAAAGAUGUAGUCUUUUGAGAUAUAAUAUCUCUUUAUGUAAAAAAAAAAAAAAAAACAGUGAAAAACAUGCUCUUAGCUGUGUAAUGUUUUUAUUUUAUUUUCAUUUUUUUUAUGCAAUAUAUGUUAAGGGUUUCUUUUACAACUGCUUUUAUCUGCUAUAGGUAAUAAUGGUGAAUAUUUAAUGAUGGCACCAUAAAGGACCAUAAAAAUAGUUUUGAAGAACCAUUUAGUGGUAUACCAUGCAGCCACAAAUUCCAUGUUCUAUGUCUUGGGGUGCCCACCGUGUCUUAUGCUUCACUCACAAAGGCACACUUUAGUAAACUGCAUACAAAAAUGUUUGAUAUCUGUGUCUUGUAUUCAACAGCAAUGUUCUGAUAUAUGCAUUUAUAUAUGGUGCUAUUUCAAUUAGGCAUGCAGCAGUUUCUAACCAUCAGGGCCCAUUCUCACGGGAGGCAGGCUUUCUGACCCCUCUGUAAAGUGAUCAUUCAGAGGUGGUUAAGAAUUGGUUUUCAGGACUUUGGACAAACUGUUACCUCUUGAUUGCCAUUUUUUUUCGAUUCCAAAAAUGUAAGUCUGGCUACAUUUUUAAAGCAGCACUGUUGUUACAAAAAAAAGCCUAAACAAGCUGCUUGAAAAAGAAGAGGUAUUAAACUUAAGUCUCCAGUAGGCACUAUCUUGGAUCUUUCAAAGAAUCUUCAGCAUCUGAUGCCGCGUACACACGAUCAUUUUUCAGCGUGUAAAAAACGAAUUUUUUUAAAA